CGAACUUUCUGCUGCACAAGAGUGGGCUGUUGUUGAAAACCGCGUGAGCGAGCGUCGAUUGAUUAGCAUUGUCAGCCAUGGGUGCACAUCUCUCGAAGAAUGCAUUCCCUGUGCAUGCAAAGACCGUCCUGGUGACAGGCGGGUCGCGGGGUCUCGGCCUUGAAGUCAGUCGACAGCUGGCCGCAAAGGGGGCCAACAUUGUCAUCGUUGCGAGAGACACAGGACGGCUUAAGAGAAGCAUCGAAUAUAUCAGAGCCGGAGCUGCUUCGCCAACUACCCAGCGGUUCCACCAGAUCAGUGCCGACCUGACACAAGAUGAGGCGGCAAGCACUGUCAUAGCCGAAGUGACGGCAUGGAACUCGGGUCCGCCUGACAUUGUGUGGUGCUGUGCUGGGAGCUCCCACCCGACAAUCUUCCUUGAUACAGAACCGGUUCAAUUCCGGUCGCAGAUGGACUCAAAUUAUUUCUCGACCCUGUAUAUAGCCCACGCCGCGCUCAGAGCAUGGUUGAAACCCGAGAAUCUGGGAAUGAAGGAGGAUUCUACAUCAGCUGCUCCCUCGAGGCAACUCGUCUUCACUUCGUCGUUUCUGGCUCUUUACCCUAUUGCGGGAUACUCUCCAUAUAGCCCAAGCAAGGCGGCUCUUCGAUCUCUGUUCGACACUCUGUCGCAGGAGACCAAACUUUACACUGCCUGCUCAGUGGGAGUUCACCUCGUCCUUCCUGCCUCAAUUCUUGGUGAGGCAUUGGACAGCGAGAACAGAAUCAAGUCAGAUCUCACAAAGAUGCUGGAGGAGUCAGAUGAAGGACUGCCAUCUGCUGUGGUGGCAGCGAAGGCCAUCAAGGGGCUGGAGAGCGGGCACGAGCUGGUGACGACGGACUUGAUGACGAGAUUUGUCAUGUGUGGGACAUUGGGUGCCAGCGUCAGGGGUGGCUUCUUGAAAGGGCUCCUCGACUGGUUCCUAGGAUGUCUUGCACUGCUCGUUCUGGUCUUUGUCAGGCAAGACAUGGACUCCAAGGUCAGGAAAUGGGCAAAAAGAUUCGGAGAUUCAGGAUUCCGAUAGCUCGUCGUGGAAGUUUCUAUAUGGGUAGUAAUCAAGCCUGAUAUUCGAUCCAUCAGUCCAACUUGCAACAAAAAAAGUAACUAACCUUAUGCAGCCUAAUAUGAUUACUUCCUUGUUCUUCGGUAGAGAGCUGCACUGGCCGGUAGUC